AUGAUUAAAUCUCAGAAUAAUAAAACCAUCAUUUUGACAUAAUCUAUUUUAGAUGAUUCCUCAGAGUUUUGGAUUCAUAGACCAUAAACAAUGUUGUAAUUCUAGUUAUAGGACGAACUUCAGGUUGUCAACAGAAACAGAUUAAUACUGAAAACUUUAUUGCUUGGUGGACAUUAUAUAAAAUACGGUGAAGAAGUAAAAAUAAAAAUAAUACAAAAGAAAUUUCUUGAUGUUAGAAAUAUGUUUCUCGAAAUGGUUUACCAUCCUAGAACUUCAUCAACAGGAUUUAGGUUAAGCAAGAAUGGAGAAAAACUGGAUGUUUAUGGUGACGUCUAGAAUUGGGUAGAAGUGCUUAAAAAAUAUACUAUACAAUCCAAUUUACAAUAAAAAUAUAAAAUAAUAAAGAAAAUAGGAGAGGGGAGCUUAUUUCAAGUAAUACAAUUUCAUCAAUUUGAAAGGUAUUUAAGAUAAAAAACAAAAUAACAGGAUUUUAAUACGCAGCCAGAAUAUAUGAUAAAGUUUAACUAAAUAGCUCUAAUUAUCUCCUUGAAUUAGUCAAAAAAUAAGUAGCAUUGUUGAGAUAAGUAGAUCAUAAAAAUUUAAUUAAAUUAUAUGAGAUCUUUGAAAGUUCAAAUCAUCUUUACAUAAUAUAAGAGCUAAUUGAAGGAGGCACUUUAGAUUCUAAAAUUUCUUAAACUAAUUUUAAUUAAGAAUAAAUUGUAUUUAUUGUUAAAUAAACAUUAAAUGGUUUAGAAGAAUUACAUAAAAAAGGUUAUAUUCAUGGAGAAGUAAACUUAAAAUCAAUAGCUUUUAAGUAUUAAUAAGAUUUGAACUCUUUAUGUUUAAUUCAUUAUUCUAAAGUUAUGUUAAUUAAUGUAGCAAGAAACAAUAAUAAAAAAAUGAUUAGUUAAAGAACAUCUUUGAAAAAUGAUAAAACUUAUAUUUCUGAUUUAUAAUAAUUGGGAAUUAUAUUGAUUAAAUUAUUAACUGGAUAUCAAUUUCAUCAAUACAAUCUACCAAAUUCUAUGGAUGAGAUUAAAAGCAUUCUUAAUUUUAAGCAAAUUAAUUAUGAAAUAGAAGUAUUACUCUAAUAAUUAUUACUUACUGAUUUUGAAACAUAAAUUAGUGAAACAAACACACCACUUGAAGUCUUAAAAAAUGAUAUAUUUAAAAAGUAGUUGGAACCCAAAAAUUUUAUCCUAAAAUAUUAAGCAAUUGAUGAUAAAAAUUAAAGGGUAAGUAUAAAUAAUCUAGAUGAGGAUUCGUUAGAUAUAAGAUCAAGAGUUCAUACACUCCCAUAUAUUGAAAAUAGAUAGAGUAAUUCAAGAAGUUUAUCAAAUAGAAAACCUAAUGUUACACCUCUUAAACUAUCAACCUUACACAAAUUAGAAACAAUUGUUAAACCUCCAUCAUAAACAUCAGAAAGAAGAUAAAGUAAUUUAUAUCAGUUGCCAAGAAUGAAUAUCUUGCCAAAAAUAAAAUAAAAGAUCUAAUGA